AUGAAUGGAUAAAAUCCUCAGCUGUAAGACAUCGCCGAAGAAUAGCAACAAUGGAGAAAACUUGUACAGCUUUUGUGCUCUUCAUACAAAUACUACGAUGUUUGGCUUUCGAUGAUUCACCAUUUCAACUAACUAACAAGGACACUGGUUUUUGUUUGGUUAUAAUAAAUAACCAAUGCAGUGACUUACGCUGGACAACUGGUGAUCGGCUUCUGGUAGAACAAAUGAAAAAGUGCCUGGGAGCCGAGGGGAAAAGUGUGGGAAGUGAAAUAGGAGUUUACGAAUGUGAUGAAAACAGUGACCUCCAAAAGUGGGAAUGCAAGAAUGGAACAGUGCUCGCCCUCAAAGACCAAGAGCUCUACAUUGAGCUCACUCACGAGAGCACGGCAGCUCUUUCCAAAACAAUAGGACCAAAUAACCACCUCAUAAUUUCAGGGACAUCCAAUGGUGCAUGUGCAAGAACAUACAGAGAACUAUAUGCCAUUGGUGGAAAUGCAGCUGGGCUGCCGUGCAUGUUUCCCUUCCUGUACAAAGGCCAGUGGUUCUCAGACUGCACUACACUUGAUUCUGCAGAAAAGCAUCUUUGGUGUGCGGUUGAAACAAAAUACCAAAGUGAACGCUGGGGCUACUGCCCAGUUACUUCAAAAGAUGGAUGGACUAAACACCCAACAACAGGAGCCUAUUACCAGCUCAACACACAAGCAGCUCUGACAUGGCCCCAAGCUGACGCCAGCUGCAAACAGCAGGGGGCCUCUCUGAUCAGUAUCACUGAUCCUCAUGAGCAGGCUUAUGUCGCAGCACUACUAGGUCCAGGGGGCAAUACACUUUGGACAGGGCUGAUCCUGGAUCCAAAACAUGGCUGGAAAUGGUCUAAUGGGAGGCCUUACCGCUAUCUGAAAUGGGACUCGGGACAUCCACUCCCUAAUCCCGGACAAAACUGUGUAAUUGUUGAUCCUGCUGUACAGUACCUAUGGCAAAGUUCACUUUGCAGCAAGAAACUCGGGUACAUCUGUUACAGUACAGAGGCUGAGGGACUGACUACACAAGCUGCUGAGACAGGAUUUUGUGCAAAACACUGGCUAUCCUACAGAGGUCACUGCUUCUAUCUUAGUCGUAUGCAGAAAACAUGGCCUGAUGCUCAGAGAGACUGUCGUAAUAAAGGAGGGGACCUAAUCAGCAUCCGCAACGUGGAGGAUCAAAGCUUUGUCGUCUCUCAACUUGGAUACACAGCAUCCACCGAUGAGCUCUGGAUUGGACUGAAUGACAGGAAGACAGAGGGGCUGUUUGAGUGGAUGGACCACUCUACUGUCAGCUUCACUAGCUGGGAAUUUGGAAAACCUGCUGUCCCAAAUAAUAUGAAGGACUGUGUUCUUAUAAGGGGAGAGAAUGGGAACUGGGCUGAUCAUGUUUGUGAGGAGAAACAUGGCUACAUCUGUAUGAAGAUGAGUUCCUCAUACCCCAUUGGAAAUGAAGUGGAUCAGGAUGCGGGCUGCAAAAACGGAUGGAGAAGACAUGGCUCCUACUGCUACUUUAUAGGUACACAGGUCAAAACCUUUGAUGAAGCAAAAGAUGACUGCAAGAGCUCAGAUUCUUACUUAGCUGAUGUUUCAAAUGGGGUGGAUAAUGCCUUCCUCAUCAGCUUGGUGGGGAUGAGACCAGAAAGACACUUCUGGCUAGGCCUCUCAAACAUGAAAAACACUGAUCAAUUCGUAUGGACCAAUGCCAACUCAGUGAAGUUUACUAACUGGAAUGCUGAAAUGCCAGGUAACCAACAAGGCUGCAUUGCCAUGACAACUGGGGUUUUUGCUGGCCUCUGGGAUGUGUUGCCUUGCACCAAUAAGGAGAAAUACAUCUGCAAACACCUAGCAGAGGGGGCAGUUUCUACCCCUGCACCAACAACUGUUCCCCCGAACAAGUGUGCCAGUGGAUGGACUCGACUAAAAUCGAAAAAUGAUUGCAUUAAGUUUUUUUCGGAAAAGAAGACCUGGUAUGAAGCCAGAGAUUACUGCAGGGCCAUCAGAGGAGACCUGCUCAGCAUUCACAGUGCUGAUGAGCAAAGAGAGCUCUCAAGACGCUAUGGCCCAACCUGGAUUGGACUUAGUGCCCCUGACCCAGUCACCGGUUAUGUAUGGAGUGAUGGAUCCCCACUGCAGUUCCUACACUGGGAAAAUGGAGAGCCAGACAAUAAAAAUAAUUUGGAAUCUUGCGUUGUAUUUGAUAGUGGUAGGCAAUCUGCAAGUGGCUCUUGGAAAGAUCUGCACUGUGAGAAGUACAAACAAUGGGUGUGCCAGAUCCCUGCAGGAGUUUCGCCAAAGCAGCCUCCCACCCCUGUUGCUCCUGACUACAAUAAGACCUCAGACGGGUGGAUAGAAUGGAGCGGGUCUCAGUAUUAUUACAACAGGGAUGUCAUGGUAAUGGAGGAAGCUCGUCGCUUCUGCCAAAUGAAGCAUGGUGACUUAGUAACUAUAAACAGUGAAGCUGAAAAUGUCUUCUUAUGGAAAUGGAUUUCCAAAACUUAUGGAGAGAGGUCUUUAUGGAUCGGCCUGGAUGUAGAUCUUGAUGGAACAUAUAGUUGGAUGGAUGGUUCUCCAGUGGUUUUUGAAAGGUGGGAUGAAAAUCAACCUAAUUUCCUACGCAAUGAUGAGAAUUGCGCUUUCAUGAAUGGAUUCAUGGGCUUCUGGCAUGUUCAAAAUUGUGGGUAUGAGAUCUGUUCUAUUUGUAAACGCAGUGGCACACCACAUGCCAACGCCACUAUAGCACCAACAGCUCCUCCUCCAAAAGGUGGCUGUCUGCAAAACUGGGAAAAAAUAGACUCAAAGUGUUACAGAAUCAUUAACAGCCAGAAGGAGACGUGGUUUGGAGCGAGGACACAAUGCAAAUCAAUUGGUGGAAAUCUGGCCUCAAUCCCCUCAAGAGAUGUUCAAGUGUCUCUGACUGCAAAAAUGGCUGAGGCACCUACGACUGAUCUGUGGAUUGGUUUGUAUAAAGAAGGCGUCAGUUAUUUUCUCUGGACUGAUGCCCAAAAAAUGAGAUACCAAAACUUCAAUUAUGGAAGCUAUAACCAUCAUCGCACCAAAAAGGGAAAUUGUGGUGUUUUGACUUCUGAUCCCAAAAUUGGUAUUGGACAGUGGAUACAAAGGUCCUGCAAUGAUACCAAUGGAUACGUCUGUCUUCGAAAUGUUGACCCAUCUCUCCCUGAUUCUCCUGAACCAACAUAUACUGAUUAUGUCAAAGUACUUAAUGACACAAUCAAGGUUGUUACUAAAAAAAUGAGCUGGAAUGAAGCCAAAAAGCACUGUGAAGGUGAUGGUGCCAAACUGGCUAGCCUGCGAAGUGAGUGGACAAAGCUCUACAUUGACCUGAUGGCUAUCAAGUUCAAAGCUCCUAUGUGGAUUGGACUAAAUAAAAAUGAGACUGGUGGAUAUUUCAGAUAUAUUGAUGGCUGGCACAUUCCCAAAUCCUAUUGGGGUUAUGGGGAACCAAGGAGGAACCGAGAUUGUGUGUCUGUUAAUACGAAAGGAAAGUGGACAGCUGCUUACUGCAAUGAGAAAAUGAGCAGCAUCUGCAUGAAGUCUACGGAUGUGCCACCAACAGAGCCAAGCAAUUUCCCUGGAGUUUGCCCCGAAGACCCAGAAGCGUCCCGGCCAUGGUUACAAAAAAGCUGGCUACCAUUUAGGGCUUACUGUUAUCUCUUUUACACAGAAGAGAUUGAAUGGACUGAGGCAUCUACUAUAUGUGCAACACUUGGUGGAGCGCUUGCAAGCAUUGAACAUCCAUCUGAGCAACAAUUCCUUCACGAAAAUAUUCAAAUGUUUCAAGACAGAGUAAACUCUUUCUGGGUCGGCUUAUAUAGAACUCAUAGAGGCAUGUGGCAGUGGUUGGAUCAAACCCCCCUGGACUACACUAACUGGGGUGAAGGUAAACCUGAUCGUGGCAGUUAUGGCAUUUAUGGAGUGAUUGUAACUGUGGAUGGAAAAUGGUCAACAGCUGGCCAUCAGAGUGACAGAGCAUACAUUUGCAAGGCACCCAAAGUAUUACCUGAAGCACCACAGACCACUGUACAUGCUACGGUGGGUCCUCAAAGCCAAGGCCACAACAUUUUGGCAGUUGUGCUGGUCAUUACUGCAAUUGCCGUAGGGACAGUAAUUGUCUUGUUUCUCUUUAAGAAAUUUAGGCACUGCUUACCUAUCCCUAAAAAGUAUUCUACCUACAACAACCCACUAUUCUUCAACAAUGAGCGGUUUCAGCCUAGUCUGGUCAACACCAAUAAACAUGUAGUAAAUGCAGAGGAGAAUCCUGCACCUGCUCAAACUGAGUGAUAAAUUUCAGGGGGGGGGGGGAUUACAAUGUACAACAUAUCUUGGGCAGAGGGCUGAUGGCUCUCUGACAAGAAUUUAACUUUCUGUUUUGAAAUACGAUUUAAACUGGCUUAAAUGAAUAAAUCAGUUUUAAAUUUAGCAUGUCUUUUUUGAUAUACAAGUCUCUGUAAUAAUUUGAAAUCAUUUAUAAUUGUAAAUGAUAUGACUAAAAUGAUAACUAAGAAUUUACUGAUUUAUUAAAUGCCCAGGUUGAAUCUUAAUGGAUGUAUGUGGAAUUUAUUUAUUGAUUUAAUCAUUUGAUUCAUACCAUAUAUCAUUACUUUAAACUCUUAUGCUUGCAAUGACUGUGAAAUGUCUGCUAGACUUCAAACAAGGCAAAAACAUGAUCUUACUAGACCACAGUAUAAGUUAAGAGUGACAGUAUAAAGUAUCACUGUCUAUAUCAUCUAUAUCAUCAUCUGCAAUUCAUUAUCCUUGAAGCUGGAAAUCUGUUAUCUGCCUAGAAAUAGUCUUUUGGGAUAUGUACUGCAAAUGAGAAUUUAAACAACUGUAUUAAAAGACAUUGUAAACAA